AUGGCGGCGAUAGUGCUUGCGUGGCUCGUGGUGCUGAGCGCGACCGUGCUGACGCUCGAGAUACAACGUCGACUCCUACUUGCGCGCAUGCUAGGUGCCCUGGUGAUGCUUCUCGGCUGGAGCUUCCUGCUUACGUCCGAACUGCAGCUCAAGGCCGUAUGCUGCUCUGUCGUGUACCACGGACUAGCGGAGGGUCUGCGUCAGUGGCAGCGAAAUUUUCCGUGCGUGUUUGAGCGCCGUAAGGACCGCAAAGUGGUUCUCUGGUUGUUGUUCUGGGCACGUGUCUUCAUCUGGGGCGCCACGCUGGGCGGUAUUGCCGUAUUUACUCUGCUAACCAGAUCUCACGAGUCGACCACGACGUCUACAUCCUAUUGGCGAGAGGCUGGAGCUCUAGCCUUUUACUACGAGGUGGUGGAAGUGCUAGCGAUGCUCUAUUUUGCAGACGAAGAGUUGCCUUAUUUGUGGCACAAACGCGUUGGUCACUGGCUCGGUGCUUCACUCGUGGGGUUCCUGGAGAGCUCAGGACGACUGGACGCCAUGUUACGAGGACCUUUGUUAGCGGGCAUGUCGCCAUUGGCUCUUGUUGGUGUGUUGUUCAUGGUCAUGUGGCUGUCCAUCGAGAUCCCGUGGGAUCGCAUUGCGGAGGCGAGCGGUCCGAGUUUAGCUGACGAGGAUCCAUUCGACAAAAGCUCAAGGACAAGUCGCAGGCGAGAACUGUUUGUAGAGACAAACAGAGACAACGGAUUCUACUUCCGACCUUGA